UGUGUGGGUGUGGGUGUGUGUGGGGGGGGAGGUUGUGCAGGAUGCAGGAACAGUGAGGAGACACACCCACUCUCGCCAUGGCAUGCUCGCCAACUCCUUUCCCUGUUUGAGCACCAUCCUCCCUACAACUUGUCGCUGGGGCUUCAGAGUGGAGCCCCACCCAGCGCACACACACCAACACACUACAGCCCCCAGCCAUCUGUGUGUGUGCACAAGGUGUGUGUGUGUGCGUGCGUGCGCACGUGAGAGUUGGGUUCUGGCCCCCUGCCUGAGCGACCAUGUCUGUGGUGUUGCCCCUGGAUGGGAUGAGAGAGGGGGAGAGUGUGCCAGCUUCUGAGGCCCUCGCUAGCACCCGUGGUAAAGGAGCCAGCACUACGCCCGGCAAGGACGCAGCCUCCGAUAACGGCCCCGAUCCCGACGAUAAUGUCUUGCAAGACACACAGAAGCGUAGUCAGAACCAUGGCCAUACAAGGAAAAGAGCCAAGUCCAAUGCCAAGCUGAAGCUGGUGAGGAGUCUAGCAGUAUGUGAGGAGUCUUUGGGCCUGUUCUCCACUGAUGGAUCCCCAGAAUCCCAGGACAUUAUUCAGCUCCACAUCAGCUGCCCAUCAGACAAAGAGGAGGAGAAGUCCUCGAAAGACGAAUAUGAGAGUGAGGAGCGAGAGAAGAAGGACAAAGCUCCACGCAAGAUGCUUUCUCGGGACUCCAGUCAGGAGUACACAGACUCCACAGGCAUCGAUGUGCACGAAUUCUUGGUGAACACACUGAAAAACAACCCCAGGGACAGAAUGAUGCUGCUGAAGCUGGAACAGGAUAUACUGGAGUUCAUUAAUGAUGACAAUAACCAGUAUAAGAAGUUCCCUCAGAUGACCUCGUACCAUCGCAUGUUGCUACACAGAGUAGCAGCUUAUUUUGGCAUGGAUCACAACGUGGACCAAACUGGCAAAGCAGUCAUCAUCAACAAGACAAGCAACACGCGCAUCCCAGAGCAGAGAUUUUCAGAGCACAUUAAGGAUGAGAGGAACAUGGAUUUCCAGAAGAAAUUUAUCCUGAAGAGGGACGAUGCCAGCAUGGACAAAGAUGAUAACCAGAUCCGUGUUCCCCUCCAGGAUGGGCGUCGCAGUAAGUCCAUUGAGGAGAGGGAGGAGGAGUAUCAGAGGGUGCGAGAUCGGAUCUUUGCUCGAGAAGUGUUUUUUUCUUCACAGUCUUCUCAAAACGGAUACAUCAAUGACAACAGACUGUCCACUGAAGUCCACUCCUCUUCCUCUCAUAAGAGGAGGCAAAUCUUUAGGGGGAAUAAGGAGAGCUCAAGUAGGGCCUCCAGCAGUCGGCAGAGCAGCACAGACAGCGACAUGAAGAGCCUGGAGCCGCGUCCGUGGAGUAGCACGGAUUCGGACAGCUCCAACCGCACACUGAGGCCCCCCGUUACCAAGGCCAGUAGCUUCAGUGGCAUCUCUAUCCUGACACGCGGGGACAGCCUGGGCAGUAAGGGCUCACAGGGCAGCGCCAGAGGCUCACGCACAGGUCUUCCUCUUACCACCACGGACACGUGCCCACAGCCUCAGCCGCCCCAGCAGGGACGCAGUCUCCUGCCCUGCCCUUCCAACUGCCCCUCCAACGCCCCACAGCCCCAGAGCCAAGUCCCGCCUCCACCUCCACAGACUGCCCUGCUACCCACCCCUACGCACACCCACACCCAUCCACCGCACCCCAUCAGCAGCCACAGCCACAGUCACAACCACAACCACAUGCUGCCCCAGCCGGUGGCGUCUCUGCAACCCUCUCCGCAGCCUGUCUCAUACUCCAGCCCCUCCUGCCCUCAGGUCAUCCUGCCCGUUUCUCCUUCUCAGCAGUAUAACAUGGCUGAUGAGCUGACUCCAGCCUUCGGCCAGAUGUCGCUGAGCCGCCAGGGCUCCAGCGAAGCUCCGGAGGCCCCCGGCCUCUACCAGCCUCCCCCUGCUGUCCUGUCCCAGCACCCCCCGCCUCAGGCGGGCUACAUCAUGCCCCCUCCACCCUCCGGGUACCAGCCUCCCACACCCCAUCCUCACCCCCCUCCACCCCCUCCUCCCCCCACCCAGCCUGUGCUGCAGACAGCUCCACCUGCACAGGGCUACAUGCAGCCUCCACCACCACCUCAGCAGAUCCAGGUGCAGUUUUACUCAGCUGGUGGGCAGUACCCAAGUUCAGGGCAGCAGUACCGGUCCAUUUCCCACCAGGUGUCGUACCCAGCUCAACGCUCUCAACCUCUCCCCCCACCAACACAGCCCUCUGCUCCUCUCCAGCCAUCUCCUCUGAUGGCCAGUCAACAGCCAGCAUACCAGGGCAUGAUGGGUGUUCAGCAGCCCCAGAGUGCCAGUAUAAUGAACUCCCAACGUACAGGCAUGAGUGGACAGAUGCAGGGCAUGAUGGUCCAGUACACGCCUAUGCCCUCUUAUCAGGUGCCUGUAGCUAAUGAAAGUCAGCCUGUGGUGCAGCAGCAAUACCAGCAGCCCGUCAUGGUACCCGUCAGCCAGUCUGUACAGGGUGCUAUGCCAGCUGCUGCACCCAUGCCACUCUACUACAGUGUCCUGACCCCCACACAACAGAACAGCACAAGCCCGUCCGUAAGCUACCUGCAGCCUCCCAGUUCUGAUCAAUACCAGAUGACCCAGUCUCCUUCCCCAUGCAGCCCUCAGCAAAUGCAGCAGCAGUAUUCAGGAGUGCCACCCCCUGGCCCAGGUGUCAUGGUGAUGCAGUUGAGUGUUCCAAAUGGGCCACAGCCUACUCAGAAUCCUCCAAUGGUGCAGUGGAAUCCCUGCAAGUAUUACAGCAUGGAGCAAAGGCCCAGCAAGCCUGAGCCACAGGUCAGUACUCAGUUGAGCAGUCCUCUGGCAUCUCCUACCCAGUCCCCCACUCCCUCUCCAUCCAGCAGUGGGAACAGUGUUUGUCCUGGGCUCGGCCCACUGCCGCUCAUUUCCCAGUUUCCUCGGCCUGGUGGACCAGCACAAGGAGAUGGACGGUAUUCCUUACUGGGACAGCCUUUGCAGUACAGCCUGUGUCCUCCGCCCAUCAUGCACAACCCCAACCAGUCCUCCUAUAGCUCCCACCAGGGUCCAGGAGUAAUGAAGCAUGGAGCUAGAGGGAAGAAACAGACACUCAAAUCUGCCUCUACCGACUUGGGAACUACUGAUGUGGUGGUGAAUCGUGUGCUAGAAGUGACGGACCUGCCCGAAGGCAUCUCUCGCCCCGAGGCCGAGAAACUCUUCAACCAGCUCUCGCUCUGUGGCGCCAAGAUCCAGUGGCUCAAGGACCCCCAGGUGCCCCGGGGCCCCUCCAGUGGGGUAGGAAGUGGAGUGGGCAAGAGCGAGGCCCACGACCCAGCGCACCUCUACACCGUUGUGGCGGUGUUCCCCAACACCAUGGCCGCCCAGAGCGCUUCCUUCAAGCUGAACAACAGCGGAGGGAGCCUGUUCAAACUUCGCGCUGCCAAAAAGAACUAUGACCUGCGUGUGCUGGAGAGAGCAAGCUCACAGUGAGGGGAGGAAAGGAACAAGGGAGGGAGGGAGCUAGGAAUGGAGCGAGGAAGAGGGAGAAGAUUGGGGAAGGAGAGUGGAGAGGGGGAAUAUGGAUCUGCGGCUGGUGUUUGAGAGGAAGCCGAGGAGAUUACAAGGGAAGAGAUCUGGUGAUUCAGUUGUUUUGGUUUUUUUCCUUGUAAUUUUAAUUUAAUUUAUUUUUUUGAGAAUUACUUGAAGAGCACAUAAGAUGUGAGCAUGUGUAACUCUUUUGCUGUAUAUGUCCUUACACACACACAUACACACAAGGCCAUAAAGUGGUAAAUGCAGCGUUAGCACAUAAUGUUCUGGACAGAGGAACUUGGAAGAACCCCUACCCUCUCCCCUUCUUUUUCUUGUCCUUUUAUUCUGUCCCUCCAUUUCUCACCAGUCUUCAUAUGCAGCUCCUCUUGUGUGCUCUCUCUCUCUGCUGACCUUUCACUCUUCCUCUCCUCCCUCUUUCUUAUGAUGCUCUAGCCAUCUCUCACGCACUUUCUCUUUCUACUGUUUCUCUUGCUUUCUGUUUGCCUUAAUGCUGUUGUGGACUUCUGUAUUGCGCUGUUUUCCUCUCUCUCUCUCUCUCUCUCUCUCUCUCUCUCUCAGAUGAAAUAAUGUUCCUUUUUUCGGUUCGAUAUAUUUAUAUAAGUGAUGUAAGGAUUAUAAGAAAUCUAUAUAUUCAGUGAUUCUCCCCCCUCCCCCCCCAAGUGGAUAAGUUAAAGCUCCUUACCUCCCUGACCCUCACUCCUCUCCUUCUCCCUCUCCCCACCAUACCUCCUUCCCUCCUCUGCCUCCUUAAUUGUUUCUCUUGCGUUUUUUUUGUUUUGUUUUGUUUUUGUUUGUUUUGUUUUUUUGAGUUGUGCAGGAAGUUUUCUGAGGUAUGUAAAAGUGCACAAUGAUUGCAAAUGUCUACUGUAAAUUCCAUUUAAUCUGUUUUUUUGUUUUUUUGUUUUUUGUUUUUAAAAAUAUAAAAUAUGACAAAA